GGCGGCGGCGGCGGCGGCGGCGGCGAGCGCGCGGCAGCGGGCGAGCGCGCGGCGCCCAUUCAUGAUCCAGCUCGCGGGGCCGGUGCCCGGUAAAGCGGAACCGGUGCCCGAUAAAGCGGUGCCGGUCCCACCGUUAUGGAGACAUCGGGGCAUCUCCACGAUUCGGGCGUGGGGGACCUGGAGGAGGACAGUCGGUGUCCCUGCCCCUUACCGGGGGACGAACGGUCACCGCCACCACCGCCACCACCGCCGCCGCCGCCUCCCGCCGCGCUGCCGCCGCUCCAGCACAGCCUGUUGCACUCCUCGCCCGGGUCGUUACGGGCCCCUCCUCCUCCUCCCGCCGCCCCCGCCGCCCUCCACCCUUCCUCCCGCCACGGCAGCCAGCUCAACCUCGGCGACCACCCGGCGGGCUCCGGACCGGGUAGCGGUAAACACCGGCAGCCCAGCCCAUUGGUCCACCGGCGGGACAGCAACCCCUUCACUGAGAUCGCCAUGAGCUCCUGCAAGUACAGUGGGGGGGUGAUGAAGCCCCUCAGCCGGCUCAGUGCAUCCCGCAGGAACCUCAUCGAGGCCGAACCGGAGGCGCAACCUUUGCAGCUCUUCGGGGCCGGCGGACCCCCUGAGAUCGUCGUCUCGCGCGAAGACAACCAUGCGCCCGCUGCCUGCCGCCCCGACCGCCCGACUGCCCGCCCGGCCCCCGCCGCCUUUGCCAAGGGGCCCAAGCGCAAGGCGCAGAACAUCGGCUACCGGCUGGGGCAUCGCCGGGCGCUCUUCGAGAAGCGGAAGCGCCUCAGCGACUACGCGCUCAUCUUCGGCAUGUUCGGCAUCGUCGUCAUGGUCAUCGAGACCGAGCUCUCCUGGGGGCUCUACUCCAAGGACUCCAUGUUCUCCCUGGCCCUGAAAUGCCUUAUCAGCCUCUCCACAGUCAUCCUGCUGGGUCUCAUCAUUGCCUACCACACACGGGAGGUGCAGCUCUUUGUGAUCGACAAUGGAGCUGACGACUGGCGGAUAGCGAUGACGUACGAGCGCAUCCUCUACAUCAGCCUGGAGAUGCUGGUUUGUGCCAUACACCCCAUCCCCGGGGAGUACAAAUUUUUCUGGACAGCCCGCCUGGCUUUCUCCUACACACCUUCUCGGGCAGAGGCGGACGUGGACAUCAUCCUGUCCAUCCCCAUGUUCCUGCGCCUCUACCUGAUCGCUCGGGUGAUGCUGCUGCACAGCAAGCUCUUCACUGAUGCCUCCUCGCGCAGCAUCGGGGCGCUCAACAAGAUCAACUUCAACACCCGCUUUGUCAUGAAGACUCUCAUGACCAUCUGCCCCGGGACAGUGCUGCUGGUCUUCAGCAUUUCCCUCUGGAUCAUUGCUGCAUGGACGGUCCGGGUGUGUGAGAGGUACCACGACCAGCAGGACGUAACCAGCAACUUCCUGGGUGCCAUGUGGCUCAUCUCCAUCACCUUCCUCUCCAUCGGCUAUGGUGACAUGGUCCCGCACACCUACUGUGGGAAGGGUGUCUGCCUGCUCACCGGCAUCAUGGGUGCUGGCUGCACGGCACUGGUGGUGGCUGUGGUGGCCAGGAAGCUGGAGCUCACCAAAGCUGAGAAGCAUGUCCACAACUUCAUGAUGGACACGCAGCUGACAAAGCGGAUUAAGAAUGCGGCAGCCAACGUCCUGCGGGAAACGUGGCUCAUUUAUAAGCACACCAAGCUGCUGAAGAAGAUCGACCACGCUAAAGUCAGGAAGCAUCAGAGGAAGUUCCUACAAGCCAUUCACCAGUUGCGGAGCGUGAAGAUGGAGCAGAGGAAGCUGAGCGACCAAGCCAACACCCUGGUCGACCUCUCAAAGAUGCAGAACGUCAUGUAUGACCUCAUCACCGAGCUCAACGACCGCAGCGAGGACCUGGAGAAGCAGAUCAGCAGCCUGGAGUCCAAGCUGGAGCAACUCAGUGCCAGCUUCAACUCCCUGCCCCUGCUGAUGGCUGACAUGCUGCGCCAGCAGCAGCAGCGCCUGCUCGCCGCCGUCCUGGAGGCGCGGGGGGUUGGCGUGCCGGUGGGCCCCCCCCAAACUCCUCUCUCUGAGAGCCCCAUCGGGGUCAGCUCCACCUCCUUCCCCACCCCUUACACAAGCUCAAGCAGCUGCUAAAAUGCAGCCCCUCAGCCCCCCCACGGACAGGGGAAGCAUUUCCACGCAGGUCCUGAAGUCUCCAUGGACUUUCUUCUGGUCCUCAAACUGCCGCAGGACCCUUCCGCCGGAGCCGGAGGGACCGGCAGUGCCGAGCGAUGCUCGGAGCUUUGCCAACACUUUGGUAUCGGGAAUCGCAUCCCCGUUCAGGUGCCUCUACACGUGGUGAAGGAAGGGGACGGGAGACAACGCCUCGGGCAAGCCCGCACCGCGGCGUCCGGUGGCGGACGGAAAACCCACGCUCAAUCUCAGGUCUUCAUAUUUGAAAACAAAACAACAAGUCAGAAGCACUGAAGCAACGGAGACACCAGAGGGAGAGUUUUCCUCCCCUGUGUGGAUCCCGCCGGGGGCCAGGGCGCUCCCCUCGCCCCCUGCCCCUCUCACCAUCGCAAAGCCCUGCCAGGCAGAUGCCAAUGUGGUGGUUUCUUGCACAGGCUCUGACCUACGCUGCCCACGCUCCAUCCCAUCUCCUUACCAGGACCCACAUGAACCCCCUGCAACAUUGCAGGGCGGGUGACAGUGUCUGGCCGUAACCUGCCCGGGGGGUUCUCCAGUGCUGUGAGUGUUUUCUGCCUGGGCAUAACAAGGGACACUUCUUGCUGGUCCUCGGUGUCACAUUCUGCCUGGAGACGUGUGCCAGAGCUGGGAAAGCAGUGCCUAAAGGAUGUGGGGCUGGGCAGGGCUGCCCCCAGCUGAUGUGGUGAUGGCCAAUGACAGGGCUGGCUGGCCAGCCCGGACGCUGGGGGGGGUCUCCAGGUGCUCAUGUCACCACCCACCCAGGAGCCCCCCCAGCAUUUUGGGAAGUCAGUGGGCUCUUGGCAGCGGCCUCAGAACUGCCGGAUGAAAAACCUCAUCAGCUACAACCACCUCUGCUCGCACCAGGAAUGUCCGUGCUCAAGCGCAGCCAGCAGUGCCGAAUCCACCAGGGUCAAGCAGGGGCUUGCUGGCAAGUGAUACAGUAGUGGGGGCAGGCACUUCAUCUGUUUAAAACAAAGCCCAUUGCCUUCAUGCUGCUUCUGCUGGGUUUGGUGGGGAUCAGUGGCACCAUCCGGUGCCAUCUCAGCAACAGCGCCCAUGCUCGGCAUUAGCCGCUGCCUGUGCCUGCUGAAGCGCAGCCCAUCAUGCUUUACUUUUUUUUGCCGGCGGUCAGCUUCCUGAGGUACCCUUGGCAUCACCUGGCUACUUCUGGAACCAGCCAUUUUCUGUUCUGCUUUCACCAUUUCCCCCUUUUUCCUCCCCAGUUCUGCCCUGGGGUUGUGUUCGGGUUCUGCUGGGUCCUUGCACGGAGCCUUGCCUGCUGCUGCUGGGCUCUGGCUUUGGGGCUGGUGUUUGCUGCUUUCAAUGAAAACUCAGCAGAGGCUAUUUAUAUAUUUUUAAACAGAUGAAGUAACCAUGUAAUUACUCCGUGAUAUUAAUUACACCUCACCCAGCAGUGUCAGUAAUUGUAAUCAAAGUUACUGUGUUACUCCAGGUAUACUCAGCCUGUAAUCUUCUCCUGUGUAACUCUUUCCCUUCCAUAAAUAACGCUGGAUUUUGUGCGCACAUAGGCAGGGACGUAUCAGCCCGAUGCUGAGGAAUUUCUGUGCAAAUCUCCACUUGCCGCCAGUGGUAGGUGGCUUAUUCUUUGUGCCCUACAAUUAAAGUUACACAGAAAACAAGCAGUAGUUAGUGAAGAGCUCUCCCCCCUGCUGGCCCCAGCCAGCGGCAGGAGGAGGAAGAAGAGGAGGAAGGCUGCAAGGCAACAGCGGGAGUACUGCAAAAUGAGCUCCUGGAGCUGCAGAGGUGGUUGUGUUGAGCCCGUUGGUAGCAGGGUAGCAAGACAUGGUCGUUUCCAUCACAUUCAGGGAGGAGAGGAGGCGCACGGCGAUUGCUGCCAGCCUUUUCUGAUCCUCGGCCGGCAGGAGAUACUCGGCUUCUGGGAAUGAGCUGCUCUUCCCCUCUUCCAAGCUCUUGUCAUUAGUAUAAUUGCAGGGUGGGCAGGAUGGCUGGGAGAGCAUUGCUACCUUGGCAGUCCCCCCAAGGUCUAUUCUUAGUCCUGCUGCUGCUCCCCAUGUGCCUACAGGUGACCCUCAGCCCUACCUCCCCGGCAGAAGCUUCUGCCCACCUCUGUAAGGAGGUUUCCAGUGUGGCAAUGGAGAAAAGGUUGCAAAUUCUGAGAAUGAGCCUGAAAUGCAGCGUCUUCACUGGCCUGCAGGCAGCCAGCAGAGAAAAAGCUUCUGCACCUCUCCCAGGGUUCAGGCACGAACAAACUGCUGUGUGUAACAGGGCUGUGUAUGGGGUGAGGUGCAAAGAUGUAUCCGAAGGUGUCAGAGAGCCAGAGGAAGUAUUGCUGCUCGAGAAUCUCUGUCACCAGUGGGAACCUCCUUACGGGCUAAUGAUCAAGUCUGGGAAAUCAAACCAAGUCAGACAAGACUGGGUUGCUGUCAAGACCUGUCAGCUUGCUGGGACCGGAGGCGCUGAAGGGGAGUGAAGGGCCAGUGGUGAGCACUUCAGGAUUGCAACUGGUGCAAGAGAUCCUUGUCUUGGGGCAGACCCACUGCUUCAGUGGGAUUUCACCAGGGCUGACAGGAGCUGGGCUGGGGCAGUAUGAUCUCUGCACCUCGCACCCCAUACCCUGCAUCCCCCAGCCUCACCCCUGCAACCCAAAUGAGGCCUCUGCCUGAGACCUUGCAGCCCUGGGUCUGUACCUUGUACCCUGCAUCCUGCACACCCCUGUGCCCUCAUCCCACACCCUGCUCCCUGCACCCCACCCCCUGUACCCCUGUAUUGCACCCUCACCCCUGCCAGUACUUCAACACUGUUGCCAGUAGCCCUGAGCACCAGGCUCACCAGACCCCACCAAGGCCAGCACCGAAACUAACCCCCUGCCCCAGCCCCGCUGCUGGGACUGGGGAGCUGCCCUGAGGCCAUGGUGAGGGCAGGCAUGGGGGGGAGCCCCCAGCACCCCAGCACAGUCCAGCCCAUGGCAUCCCCCAGUGCUGGGGGUCUCUGGGACCAGGGUGCCCACCUGGAGCUGCUGCCCUGCUCCCUGCAAGUGGCUCUUGGUCACCAGCAGUUGAGCGGCCUCGGUGCAGGUGGCAGCCCCCAGCUCACACCCAGUGGAGCGUGGUAGCUCAAGCUGGAGCUUCCCUUCCUGGCAGCGGCUGGCAGGUCUCCAUUACAGAGCUCCGGUAAAUGCUCCCCAGCCAGUGCUGUCUACACACCCUGAGAAUGUCAUUUUGGAGCCUGUGGCCCCAAGGGCAUGAGGACAAGCAGAGAGAAGAGCUAGGACCAGUGACCAAGGUGGAGGAAAAGCACAAGAAAAAAACUGCGACGCAGAGUUAUAAUCCCAAAGAGAUGCUGACCUUCCGCAGCUGGGAAGCAUCCGACCCCAUGCGCCAACAGGGCUGAACCCUGAAGCCCCUCCAGGACCCACCUAGCCACAGCCAGUCUCAUUUUUGGCACAGCCUCGGUUUUUUUGCUCCACGAACCUCCUCCCUGCGCUACCUGCAAGGAAACGUCCUAGAAAUGCCAGAAAAAUACCACAUCCUCUCUGCAAACUCACAGGCGUUUCUGUCCAGACUUAAGGAGCUUUGACCUGGGCUUGCAUCUUGCCUCUGUACUGCUCGCUUCUUUUUUAACAAUAGGGGAAAGCAUAAUAGUUUAUUUUAACUAUGAAAUAUAUUGCUAUAUUAUAAAGGUUAUUGUAACUUUCAAUUAUGGUUUUGUACCCAACCUGGUUGUCAGCAGGCAGCAACGCCAGCCUGCUGCCAAAAAUGUCUGUUUCUGAGUACAGCCGCUGCUCCCGGUGAGGAUGGAGGCCAGGGUGGCAGAGGAGGGGCAGAGGACCCCAGCCAGAAAGGCUCCCCACGCUCCUUAUCCUUUACCCCCCAGGUAUUCGUUCCCAUUACCUGGAAGCUGGCCUUUAGCAGGUCCAGAUCCACAUAGGCUGAUGGCGCCAGAGCUUUGCUUCUCCCUAGGCAAAGAUCUGCCCCCCCCUUUUCUCCUGGGGUCUCAGCAGUUUCUGGAAAGCCAUUCCCCCUCCAGGUCAUCUCCUUCAGCUGAAGGAGGGACUCAGCUCCCUACGCAUGAGCUGUGCAAGAGCCAAAAUUCCCCCUUUCCCGCAGGAUGCAGGCUCUUGUGGAAGAAGUAGUGCGGAGCACAAUGCUCCCCUUCUCCAGCCAGACUUUCAGCAUGUUUUGUCUCAGCACGGGCAGGAUCCACGCAGGCUUUGAACUAGGGAAUGACUUGUGCCUAGGAAAGGGUGAUGGUGCUGGUCUGCACCAUACUGGCUGCUGAAACACGCUGCUCUGCCUUUAGCCUGGUGACCGGCCGGCAAGCAGGCAGGACUGUUCCUGCCUGCUUUAGCGCCCUAGACGUGGAGCCGGGCUGUGUGGCGUUUGCUUAGAAGGAGGCAGGCAGAAAUAGCAUGCUCACUUUUUCUUCUCAGGUCAACACCUAAUUUCUGGGAUGGGGGUAAGGGCAGCCCUUCCCCGGUGACCUGCACUGUUGCAGGCAAGGUCUGCGCUCCCGGGAGUGAUCCUGCUCUCCCGGGGUGAAUUGCUCCGAGGGAAUGCAGCCGCUGUGCCUGAGAGGUGUCCAGUUCUGGCUUCACGCCCUGCCCUGGGGAGCUGCGGCUUUUGCUCCCUCCAACCUGAGGCUGCAAUGGUGUAGGAGGACAAAGUCCUGAGCAUGAAAGAGAAACAUGAUGAGGUUGCAGGGACUGCUCCAUCUCAGCCUUCCAGCUGAUGUACUCCUCAAGCCUCAGAGAGCAUUCUCUUCCUUACCUCCAGCCCCUGAGCUGCUGGACCUGAUCCCCAUUGGAUCAAGAUCUGUGGGCAAAUAAGUCUUAAAAUGUUCUUUUGCAGCCCUGAUGCUCCUUCCUGGCCAGUCUUCCCACAUGGAACAUGACCACAUCCAGGAACGAGCAGCGCCUAUGGGACCAAUUCCUGCUGCUUUUGUCCAGAGAAACCCUAAAAGCCCCAAAGCUGGCUCUUCCCCAUGAGAGUCGCAGUCACUGCCGUGCUGUCAUUGGUAUCACUGUUAUUACUGUCACAGCUGUGCUGGCCUGACCCUCCCAGGCCAGUUAAACCCCAAAGGGUCAGCAGUGAGCUGCCAUGAGCUCUGGCAGCUCCUUGCUGGUCCUCUAGACCUGAAAUCCCCCCUCAGAAACCAGCUGGCAGAUGGUGGCUGCCUGGGAUUGUCUGGUUGGGGCUGUUCCUGCCCUACACAUUUGGCCCCACUUGUGGGGUGGUUGUUGGAGGCUGCUGCCCCUUGUUGGGACAUGGCUGGGACCAGCUUGGGGGUUUAUAGCUCUGCCAGAGGAGAGGGGCUGGUUCCCCCCGGGGAGGGCAAGGCUGAGCGUCCCCUGCUGCCAGCUGGGUCUGGGGGUACCUGGGGAUUUCUAGGGUGCUUUGGCCCUCUGCACCGCUCUCCCUCGGGCUUCUCCUGCCCAGCAGCUCCCAGCUGGCUCAGAGCCCCUGUGCAAGGGCCACCGGGUAGGUUUGCUGGUGGGGAAGGUGAUUCCUCAGCAGUUUGAGAAGGGGAGGAUGCUGCUUCAAGGCUCUGCACUGGUCCCAGCUUCUCUUCCAGCUCUGAGCUUGCUCCUGAAAGGCACUGAGAGGGCUCAGGGCAGCAGAGAGGGGCUUUUGCAGGGGAGAGGAAAAGCUGCUCCAUGGGAUUAAUUAUUUCCCUGUGGGAUGAGCCACCUCAGAGCUCCAUGGGGCACUGGACAGGGCUCUGGCACUACCUGCCCGGUGGGUGGUCUUGGCCAGGACCUGCAGUGCUGUGGGUGCUGAAAGACAUGCGCCCAGCUCUGCUCCUUCUUCUGCCCAAAGCGUUCUUCCUCCCACUGAGGUCUCAGCAUGCCCUGACCUGCCAAUGCACUUCCCAGCAGGAGCUGCUUGCGUGUUUCUGUGGUCAGGAUCUGGCCCUGGGCUUACAUCCCUCCUUCUGGUCCGAUCACUUGGCCGGAGGGAAGGGAGUGGGGACUGGCCUGUCUCCACAGCCUUGCCAUAAACCCAAGCUGUACCCAGAAACAGGCGUGUUUUAAACUAUGGCUUUAACCUGUUCACUGUAAAAAGUGCCUUGGACUUUAAUCUGAAGAGGUCAGUAUCUAUAAAUAUUUACCUGUGCGGGUGUGUAAGUAUGCAGCUAUCUAUGUAUAGUUACACACACAAAUAUAUGAUAUAUACGUACAUCUAUAAA